AUGUAUACCUUGUACUACGGCAAUAUUGUCCACACGCCUAAGCUUGGAUCAAUCGAGAUUCUCUUGAAUCACUACGUUGGGAUCAAUGCACAAGGUACCAUCGAGUUCGUGAAGAAGGCUUCUUCCAAGGAGGAGGCUCUUGAACUCGUCAAAUCGGGCGGUAACGUCAAAGACGAAGAGGUUGCUUUUGUUGACAAUUCUCAUAAACUGGCCUCCUUCCUCAUGCCUGGCUUCAUUGACACGCACAUCCACGCGUCCCAAUACCCUAACAUCGGCAUCGGGUCUGAUCUUCCCUUGCUUGACUGGCUUAACAACCACACAUUUGCGCUUGAACUGAAGCUCAAUGGCUCAGAGGAGGGAAAACGUUUAGCCAGGGAUGUUUACAAUAAGGUUCUCGACAGGACCUUGUCGAAUGGUACUACUUGUGCUUCCUACUUCACCACGGUCAACACAGAAACCACCGAGAUUUUUGCAGACUUGGCCGCCGAAAAGGGACAGAGGGCUUUUGUGGGAAAGGUCUGCAUGGACUGCAAUGACUCGUUUCCUUCGUACCAGGAAACGUUAGAGGAAACGGUUGCAAACAUGAAGAGAUUGGUGGAUCACUGCCACAAGUUGGAGUCCAAGGGCGUGGACUGCUCCUUGGUUUGUCCCAUCGUAACCCCACGUUUUGCUCCAGUGUGUCUGAGUGAACUUCUCACGGAAUUGGGACAAAUGGUGAAGCAGUAUGACUUGCCUGUUCAAACACACGUUUCUGAGAACAAGGACGAGAUCUCGUGGGUCCAGUCUUUGUUCCCCGAAUGCCCCAAUUACACGUCUGUGUACAAUAAAUUCGGGCUUUUGAACGAGAGAACGAUCUUGGCUCACGGAAUCCAUUUGACUGGUCCUGAGCUCGAGCUUAUCAAAUCCAAGAAGACAUCGCUUGCACACUGCCCCAGCUCGAACACGUUCAUCACAAGUGGAGAAGCGCCCGUAAAGAAGUAUCUUCACGAAGACGGCAUCAACAUCUCGUUGGGCACGGAUCUUGCCGGCGGUUAUGAGCAGUCUAUUCUUGGGGUAGCCCGGGCCCUGGUUAUGGUGUCUCACCACUUGGCAAUGGACGCCGAAAAAGACUGCAAGAUAGGCGUAGCCGAGGCACUUUACAUGGCUACCGUGGGAGGCGCCAAAGCAUGCAAUUUGGGCAAUGCUGUUGGUACUUUGGAGGCAGGCAAGAAGUUCGAUGCUCAAUUGAUCGACCUCGACGUUCCCGGCACCAAUGUGGACGUUUUUGAUUUCCAGAGACCCGACGGCAACGACAAACCCGAGGCUGUGCAAGACAAGAUCCUCAACCUUCUCUACAAGUGGGUUUUCGCUGGAGAUGAUCGCAACUGCGUGAGGGUUUGGUGCAAUGGCCGUGUUGUGGUGGACAAAACCAGAGUCGCGUAG